AACAUAUUACGAACAAAAUAGACAUCUUAAAUUACAGAAUUCCUUCAACGGCACACACUAUCUACCUUUGUCUUGAUCAUUUUUGGUUGAAGAUGAUCAGUAUAUAUAGAAAACUAUCCAACUAUCCCUAAAUGUAAAUCAAAUUACAAUCUUUACCCACAAAUGGAAUUCUCCAAGCUUUUCAUCACUCUAAUUUUCGUUCUGCAAACCCUAGUUUUAGUCUCAUCUGCUCCCGGAAACUCCAACCUGUUUCGAGAAUACAUAGGAGCAGAAUUCAAAAAUGUCAAGUUUUCUGAUCUUCCCAUAGACAAAAAUGUAGAAUUCCAUUUCAUUCUCUCUUUUGCCAUCGAUUACACCACUUCAUCUACAGCUUCUCCCACCAAUGGAAAAUUCAACAUCUUCUGGGACACAGAUAAUCUCUCCCCUUCCCAAGUUGCAGCCAUUAAGUCCAAGAAUUCUAAUGUAAAAGUUGCAUUGAGUUUAGGAGGAGACAGCGUCGGAGGUGGAUCUGCAUAUUUCAAGCCUUCAUCUGUCAAUUCAUGGCUUUCCAAUGCUGUUUCUUCUCUUACAGAUAUAAUCCAGGAAUAUAAUCUAGACGGCAUUGACAUCGACUAUGAGCACUUUCAAACAGACCCCGACACCUUUGCUCAAUGCAUCGGACAGCUCAUAUCCAGCCUCAAGAAAAACGGUGUCAUAUCUUUCGCAUCCAUUGCUCCAUACGAUGACGAUCAAGUUCAAAGCCAUUACAUGGCUCUCUGGAAAAGCUAUGGACAUUUAAUAGAUUAUGUGAAUUUCCAGUUCUAUGCAUAUGAUGAGGGAACUACUGUAUCACAAUUCCUGAAUUAUUUUGAAACACAGAGAUCAAAUUACAAAGGAGGGAAAAUUUUGCCAAGUUUCUUAAGUGCUGGGAGUGGUGGAUUAUCUCCAGAAAAUGGAUUUUUUACUGCAUGCAGUAAGCUGAAAAGUGAGGGAAAUCUUCAUGGGAUAUUUGUUUGGUGUGCCGAUGAUUCUAAGGCAUUGGGUUUCAAAUAUGAGAAGCAGUCACAAUCUCUACUUGGAAUUUCACACUAAUAUUUAAUUACUUGUUCCAAUUAUAUCUAAUGUAAUAUAUAUAUAUUUUAAUGUAAGUGCAUCAGUGUAUUCUAAUGCAAGAUAUAUAUAUAUAAUGAAUAAUCUAGCUCUCCGACUUUUCCUCCA